AUGUCACCGGCCGCUACAUCACCACCCCCCAAAGCCACGCCCCAAAUGCCCUCAAAUACAGAUAUCCCCGACAUCACCACCGCCGCCCAACGCGCCGAACCCCCCCAAAUCCCCGCGCACCGCUCCCAUGACCCCUCCAACAACCUCAAACGCACCGACCCCUUCCAAUUCGGCUCGCGCUACCUCGAAGAAGGCGACAAUGUCUUCGAAUUCAACGCCUGGGACCACGUCGAGCCCGACGAUGAAUACAAAGCCUUCGCGGAGGUUCAAUACGCCAAACAGCGCGAAUCCCCCGUCUCCGACUUCGACCGCUGGCGCUUCAACGCAGACCCGGCCAAAUGGUGGAACCUGUUCUACAAGAACAACACGGCGAACUUCUUCAAGGACCGCAAGUGGUUGAGGCAGGAGUUUCCGGUGCUCGCGGAGGUGACGAGGGCUGGUGCGGGAGAGAAGGUGGUGUUGGAGGUUGGGGCGGGGGCGGGGAAUACGGCAUUUCCGUUGGUGACGAAUAAUGAGAAUGAGGGCCUGAGGGUUCAUGCGUGUGAUUUCUCGAAGACGGCGGUGCAGGUUAUGAGAGAGAGUGAGCAUUAUAAUCCCAAAUAUAUCACUGCCGAUGUGUGGGAUGUGGCUGCUGUGCAGACGGAAGAGAGUAAUCCGCUGCCUCCGGGGUUGACGGAGGGUUCGGUUGAUGUUGUCGUGUUGAUUUUCAUCUUCUCGGCGCUCAAUCCUAAUCAGUGGGAUCAAGCUAUGCGGAACAUCCACCAUGUGUUGAAACCCGGUGGUCAAGUCCUGUUCCGUGACUAUGGCCGGGGAGAUCUGGCGCAGGUGCGGUUCAAGAAGGGCCGGUAUCUGGCAGACAACUUCUACGUCCGCGGAGAUGGGACGCGGGUGUACUUCUUCGAAAAGUCCGAAUUAGAGUACAUGUGGAGCGAAUGGACACCAGAAAAGGGCAUUCCGUUUGUCGACGAGAGCGAAUACGAAGUCACCAAGCCAGGGACCGAAACCGAAACCUCACAAGAAGACUCUACCCCAAACGAGAAUCAGUCCGAAGAGAAGCAAGAGGAUGCUGGCUCUCAGCCGAUUUGCACUGGUCAGAAUGAUGGCCUUUUCGAGAUCCUCAACUUGGGUGUUGACCGCCGAUUGAUUGUGAAUCGGAACCGAAAGCUCAAAAUGUACCGUUGCUGGAUGCAGGGCCAUUUCCGGAAGCGUGAAGCGGCGGUCGAGGACAAGAAGGAGGCGUGA